UAUAUUAAUAUAUCAUAGUUUUAGCCGAUUAUAAAAUAUAUUAUUCGUAUUGUAAUAUAGUGUAUUUAUAAAAUUGUGCUCAUGUAAUACAUUUCAUAUGAAAUACAAAUCAUAUUCACCAUCAAAUCGUUAUUCGUUAAACAAAAUUGCAGUUUAAUCAUCUCUUUAAUUAAUAUUAUCUUAUUUAAAAGAUGUGUAAUAAUACCAAAGAAGAAGACAUUGUUGAAAAAUGGGGUUUGCCAUUGAAAGAAUUAUAUACAUUGGCGCUUAAGUUUUUCAAGGAAAAAGAAGGUAAAGCUAUACAUUUUACUUAUGACGAUAAAUUAAAACUUGUUGCAUAUACACGUCAAGUUAGUCAUGGAAAGUUAGAUGAAUCAAAAUUGCCACCUUUAGGUGUAUUUGAUGUUAUUGGAAGAGACCGGAGAUUAGCGUGGCAAGCACUUGGUGACAUGUCAACAGAAAACUCAAUGGUUAAUUUUGUUAAAUUGGUGAAUAAAGAAUGUAUUUUAUUCAAACAUACUGUUGAAGCAUAUAAAGCUGAUUUGAUUGAACAGAAACGGAUUACUGAUGAAAAUAUGAAAAAAGAACAAGAAGAGCUAGAAAAACAACUUGCAUUAAUGGAAUUAAAACAAAAAGACGAAGAAGAAAGGUGUAGACAAGAAAAUACCAAACAACUCAUUCAAGAAGCUUUAAAUAAGCAGACCUAUAGCCAGUUUUUAACUUAUGCUCAAAAUCAAUUUCCAAAUAAUCCAGAUGAACAAGCUGUACUUGUAAGACAAUUACAAGAACAACAUUAUCAUCAAUACAUGCAACAGUUACAACAAAACUAUGAACCCGGUAAAGAAUUAGAAAUAACAACUAAUUCUGUAACUGUUCCUGAAGAUAAGAUUAUUGAACACGAGAGUAUCUGUAAUGAACAAUGUGAAAAUGGACACUGUCUUUCUGGAGAAUGCUCUGUUCAAACAUUGUUUCCUGCUUCAAUGUGGACAAGAAAAGAUAUUGAUGAAUUUAAAGCUAAUUUACUACGAGAAGGUGGAGAAGCUGUUAUUAAAGUAAAUCACGGAGAAACAGUUACGGUUAGAGUUCCUACAGCUGAAGGUGGCAACUGCGUAUUUUGGGAGUUUGCAACCGAUGGUCAUGAUAUAGGUUUUGGUGUUUACUUUGAAUGGGUUAAACCUAGUUCUAGUCAAGUUUCCGUGCAUGUAUCUGAGAGUGAAGAUGAUGAUUGUGACGACUUGGAAGACGAUGAUGACGGUAAUAUCAGUCAAGAUUUACUUCAUGAAUUAGAACAAAAUGGUGUUACAAUUAAAGACAUAAAAAAAAGUAAUCAGAUGAAUCGACCGCCAUUAUCAAUAAUAAUACCAGUAUACCGAAGAGAUUGUCACAAGGAAGUAUAUGCUGGAAGUCAUGUAUAUCCUGGGGAAGGAGUUUAUUUACUUAAAUUUGAUAACUCCUAUAGUUUAUGGAGGUCAAAAACAUUGUAUUAUAGAAUAUACUACUCUCAAUAAUGUAUUAAUUUUGUUCUGUAUAAAAUAUCAACCAAUAUAUUAGUCAGCUUAAAAUGUUAUAAUCUUAUAAACAGCUUAUUUUUAAUCCAAAUUAUUGUUGAAAUAACUGAACCAACAAUAUAGUAUACCUACAUAAAAAUAUGAUUCAAAUAAUAGUUUUAAUUAUUCAAUAAUAUUUUGAAUCAAUAUUUAUAUAAUAUGCAAAAAAUAAAGUUAUAUAGCAUUAAGCUGCUACCUCUAAAAAUCACAAUAAAUUUUGAAAACAUCUAUAGAAAUCAUUAAUUUGCUUAUCCAUCUAACAUAUUACGUUAUUUUAAGUUUAAAUAUUUAUUUGUUAUUUAUUAGUGCACACUAAAAAUGAUUGCUAUAUAAAGUAUAUUUUAUAAGAAAUAUCUAUAAACUGUAUAUUUUAAGAUAAGGAAAAAUAAUUCAUAUUUAUUAUUAUAAUAUAAAACUAAUAACUAUUAAAUCCAAAGUUAUACCUAUUGUAAAUAUUUUAGCUAAAAUAAAAGAAUUUUAAGUAGCAAUUCAAUUUUUUUUGUAUUGCAAUGUUAUUUAAUUUAAUAUUUAUUAUUAUUAAACUAUAUAUUACGUAUCUUUUUAAUGUUUUCGAAGGAUUUAAAAUGUUUUCAGAAAAAUAAAUUGCUUGUUAAAUAUUUGUAUUUAUUCAUCAAGGUUGCUUAGUUUAUUAUAUGAAGAAGAAUAAUAGCUUAUAAAAUAUAUAAUAUUUUACCUAACCUAUAAACAAAAAUAUAAAUAUUUAUUAAUUAUAGCAAGGAAUAUUACUUAAUUUGUAUAUUUUAUAUUUAUUUCAAGUAUCUAAUUUAUAAACAUUUAUUAACUUUUAUCCGAUCAUGUAAGAAUAUCUAUAUAAAAAAUUAAUGGUUAGUAAUUUUAUACUAAGAUUCUAAUAAUAGUAUUAAACUUAAAAAAUACUACUUAAAGCUAAUUAUAAUUAUGUAAUGUUUUAUUAAUUAUUUGUAUAUCCUAUAUACUUAAGUAUUUAAUUGAAAUUUGAACCCAGUCAUGUUAGGAUUAAUUUUAAAUGUAAAUAAAUAUUUAUAUAUUAACUGUACUGUAUAUUAUAUAAAUUAUUAAAAAUUACAUAUAUACUACCUAUUGA